AUGUCCGAACCUCCACAGCACGCGGUGUUUCCUCCGGAUGUCCUAGCACGCAUCGCACCCGAUGUAUCUCUUCAACGCCAUUUGCUGUUGGGUCUUCGCCCCUGCUUGCGUGGCUUUGAAGAAUUUCGCCCAUUGUUGGCAUCGCCAGGUACACUCAAUAGUUAUGGGCCAAACAUUGUUGUGGGGCUGUCUACGGUGAAGAACGGCAACACACACAUAUUGUGCGAAAUCACCAUGGGAAUUACCGAACUGAGUGGACCAGACGAGCUUCUUGCCUCUGAUACUGGGAACCCUCUGUACUCAUCGGUGUAUCCAGUGGUGGAGGUGGCUCGUGGCCGCAGUGGCGCUCCUAGUGACGAGGAGAUGAUACUCUCACAGAAGUUGUACAAUCACAUUCUUUAUCUGCGAAUCUUGCCCCUGGCCAGUCUUCGAAUGGUGCCAGGAUACCAGAUCACCGACGAAGCGAGCAACACCACUUCCAUUGUGUAUCCCGAUGACUCUUCGAUGGAUAAGACAGACCUUGAAAGCCUCAGCAGCACCAUCAAUAUCACACAGAAGAGGUACAAAUACGCUUUGUACGCUCACAUCAAGGUUUUCUCGCGUUCGGGCCCACUUUUCGACGCUGUGCAACAUUCCUUGAUGUGCGCUUUGCAAAAUGUCAAGUUACCUCGUAUAUACAUGGCAGAAUCUGGUAUUGACCCUAACGUGAAAGUGCCAGUCCGUUCGCGGAAGAACUUUGGCCAUUUAAACCAGUCUUCAGGGUUGUUCCAUAUCGACUCUAACUGGGCCCUUGCACAGCCUGUUAACCUUUCGCUUGAAGACAUUGGCAUUUCAUCGAGCUUUGGACUAAUAGAGCUCGAGGAGGAAGCAAACAAGUCUGUUCUUUUGGCUGAUUUGGAGGGCGAGGCCGAGGAAUUUUGUGCUGAGUCACAAAUGACAAUCGUUAGUACUGGGAAAAAGCUUAAGCAUGUCAGCAUAAACGGUGGUGGGGCUAAUAUCUCUUUGGAAACCAUACAAAAAGCUAUUGCGAUUUCUAACAGCAGAGCAAUAGCUUUGAAGAAAGUUUAA